UCCGCCUGGGCAGCACACGCGACCCUGCUCUGCGUACACCCGUGCGCCCUGGGCMCGAUCCCAGUCCCCACUGCGCUGUGCGCCAUGGUUCUCCCCGCGGCCCGGGCCCGCGGCUUGGUGGCAGCAGCCAAAGCGGCCCAGAGGCGCCGCCGGGUGGACAGUGGGGGAGGGUCCCCAAGUCCUGAGCCCGCGAGCAGGCGCGCUGCGGUUUACGUGCACUGGCCGUAUUGUGAGAAGCGAUGCAGUUACUGUAACUUCAAUAAAUACAUCCCUCGCGGCGUGGAGGAGGCUGCCAUGCGGAACUGUCUGGUCACUGAGGUGCGGACGCUGCUGCGGCUCAGCGGGGUGCAACGGGUAGAGUCUGUGUUCUUUGGUGGGGGAACCCCCAGUCUGGCCAGUCCCCAUACUGUGGCUGCUGUUCUGGAGGCUGUGGCACAGAUAGCUCACCUGCCUGCAGACUCGGAAGUCACGCUGGAGGCUAAUCCCAUUUCGUCCCCAGCCUCGAGGCUGGCAGAAUUUGGAGCAGCAGGAGUCAACAGGUUGUCCAUUGGCMUCCAGUCUCUAGACGACACUGAGCUGCAGUUGCUGGGGCGGACACACUCGACCAGCAGUGCUCUGCGGACGCUGGCAGAAGCCCGGCGCCUCUUCCCUGGCCGCGUGUCCGUGGACUUGAUGCUGGGGCUGCCGGCACAGCAGGUGGGGCCAUGGCUCCGGCAGCUGCAGGAACUGCUGCACCACUGUGACGACCAUCUCUCCCUCUACCAGCUGUCCCUGGAGCGGGGCACUGCACUCUUCGCCCAGGUGCAGCGGGGUGUUCUUCCUGCCCCUGACCCAGAGCUCGCCGCUGAGAUGUACCAGGAGGGUCGGGCGCUGCUCCGGGAGGCUGGCUUCCGCCAGUACGAGGUCUCCAACUUUGCCAGGAAYGGGGCGCUCAGUACCCACAAUUGGACUUACUGGCAGUGCGGUCAAUACCUUGGCAUUGGGCCCGGGGCCCAUGGGCGAUUUACGCUUCAGGGGGCUGGAGGCCAUGCCCGGGAGGCUCGGAUCCAGACACUGGAACCAGACAACUGGAUGAAGGAAGUGAUGCUGUUUGGUCAUGGCACCCGGAAGCGUAUCCCCCUGGGCAAACUGGAGCUGCUGGAGGAGGUUUUGGCCAUGGGGCUACGCACUGAYGUGGGGCUCACCCACCAGCACUGGCAGCAAUUUGAGCCCCCGUUGACCCUGUGGGACAUUUUUGGAGCAAACAAGGAAGUAAAGGAAUUACUGGAGCAGGACCUAUUGCUGCUGGACCACAGGGGUCUCCGGUGUUCCUGGCAGGGUCUGGCUGUGUUGGAUUCUCUACUGCUGACCCUCCUGCCUCGACUCCAAGAGGCUUGGCACCAGACAACCCCAUCACCUGCACCAGGAGGAUGAGAAGAUGUUCCUGUAUCCCAGGGCAAUGCCAGGUGGACUUGGGGGUCUGGACCAGCACUACAGGCAUCUCUGCUGGCAGGUGCUAUCUCUGCUCCAAGUGGUCAUUGCCUGGCCCUGGGAUCCCUAGGGUUUGGCUACAGUGAGGUGGGUGGGAGGAUAUUUGGCUGGGAACUGGCAUCCCACCCGGCUUUUCAGACUCACCAGUGUAUGUUCCUUGACUGGGAAUUGUUCAUCGCCCA